CUUAUUAAAUAGAUUUAACGUUGAACAAAAUAGUGACAGCUGUGUCAUUUUAAAGGCUGAGAGAUGGUGUUCUUCUUUGUCUCCAAUAUUAAAGACGAGAAAGGAGUACCUUACAAAUAUUACAUGGGUCGGGACAAGACCGAAAACGAAGACCUCAUCAAGUAUGGAUGGCCUGAAGAUUUCUGGUUUCACGUGGACAAACUGUCGUCGGCGCACGUGUAUGUGCGACAGUCGGCAGACAAGACAGUGUACGACAUCCCAGAGAGUGUGGUGAGAGAGUGCUCCCAACUAGUCAAGGAGAACAGCAUCGAAGGACACAAGAAGGAUUGUGUGGAUGUAGUGUACACAGGGUGGAGCAAUCUGAAAAAGACGGGGGACAUGGUGGAGGGACAGGUGGGUUUCCACUCACCCUCCCAAGUCAUCAAAGUCAAGAAUGUCGAGAAGAACAGAGACCUCAUCAGGUACAUGCAGAAAGGCAAGACUGAGAUCGAGAUGAGUGAGUUUAUCAGUCUGAGAGAGGAGAGAGACAAACUCAUCAGGGACAAACAGAGACUCCUCAAACAGACAGAAGAAGAGCAGAAGAAGCGAGACAUUGAGGAGCAGAAACGGCAGAAGGAACUGAAAAGCUACGCUGCAUUGAACGAUAGUGAAAAGAUGAAGAGUAAUAAAGACGACGGAUACACCAGUGAUGACUUCAUGUGAAGAGGAGGGGGAGAUAAACUAUCAGUCAUUCUUUGUAAACCAACCAUUCUCCACCCAGGUUGGCAGGCAAAAGAGAGGCCCACAGGAUCAGGAGAGAAGUGAAAAGAAGAGACUGAUUCUUGAUCAAGAACUUGAAAAAAAAAAACUAAAUAAUGAGAGCCAAGUCUAUGAUAUAUUUUAAAUGUUCCGUAAUUGUAACUUUUGAAGUCCA